AUGACACUCCUCCAGAAUGGUGUCGCUGGGCACAAUGCGCCGACAGGACAAUCUCCUGCAAGAAGACAAACUGCUGCCAAGCCACGCUCUGCUUUGAUCCUGUAUGGUUCCGAGACAGGCAAUGCUCAAGAUGUCGCUCAAGAGAUCGCUCGUUUGACUGAGCGUCUGCGUUUUGAUACUACUGUCAUAGAUCUUGACUCGAUAGAACUUCGUGAUCUGCUCAAGCAUACUAUCGUCAUCGUAGCCAUAUCUACUACUGGACAAGGCGAAUUUCCACAGAAUGCUCGCUCCUUCUGGAAAGUUUUGCUAAGUAGUCAACUUCGCCCGGGCGUCCUUAGGCGCGUCAAUUUCACCACUUUUGGUCUCGGCGAUAGCUCCUAUCCGCAAUAUAAUGUUGCCCAUCGUAUGCUACACAAUCGUAUGCUACAGUUGGGUGCGCAGCUGUUCUGUGCUCGUGGAGAAGGCAACGAGCAACACCCGGAAGGCCAUAAUGGCGAGUUCCGUGCAUGGAUCGUAGAAUUGAAGCAAGGACUUUUGCAACAUUUCCCCUUGCCCGCCGGACAGGAAAUCAUUGCUGAGGACGUUUUCCUUAAACCAAAAUGGUGUCUAAGAGUCUCUUCAGCCGAAACCAGUGGCGGCAGCGUCACUCAUUCCGAAGCUGGAGUCUCUACUGAAACGCUUACUUUGGACACUCCACCAGCUAAUGACCUUCUUCCGAUACAAGACAGCGUUACCGCCGACCUUAUAACGAACACACGUCUGACACCUCCUGAACACGGUCAAGAUGUGCGACUACUGGACUUCCGCGUGCCUCGAAAUAUCGACUAUGGACCCGGUGCCGUUGCAGUUGUGUAUCCCAAGAAUUUUCCCAAGGACGUUGAGCAGUUUAUCGAGUGUAUGGGCUGGCAAUCUAUGGCCAACACACCUCUGGAGCUUGUUCCCACAACAGAGACUUCAGAUCUUGCUACUUAUCCUCCCUCACCUCUCAGAUAUCUUGAUUCGUCGAAAAGGACCUUCACCAUACGCGAGCUGUUGACGAACUAUCUGGAUAUACUCUCCAUACCUCGGAGAUCGUUCUUUGCCUCUUUAGCCCACUUCACCAAAGAGGGGAAUGAAGACGAAGGCUACCAAAAAGAACGUAUUCUGGAGCUGGCGAAUCCCGAACUGAUUGAUGAGUUGUGGGAUUACACGACUCGACCGAAACGGACAAUCCUUGAGAUUAUGCCCGAAUUUCCAAGUGUCAAGAUCCCAUGGGAAUAUGUUCUGAACAUAAUUCCUGUCAUGCGAGGCCGUCAAUUCAGCAUUGCGAGCGGAGGUAGCUUGAAACACUUUGACGAUGGCGAUACAAGAGUGCAAUUGCUUGUAGCAAUCGCGAAUCCUCCCAACCCCAUCAUUAAGUUACGGAAGCGCUACGGGGUCUGCACGCGAUACAUUGCAGCAUUGCAGGCUGGACAGCAACUCAGUCUCACUAUUCAACCAGGUUAUCUGAAUGUGAGCCCAGACGAAGUCAACUCACCUGUACUCAUGAUCGGUCCAGGCACAGGCGUUGCGCCAAUGAGAUCGAUGGUUUAUGAACGCUUGGAGUGGACAAAGGAGAGCGGCUCAAAGCAAUCGAGUGUGUUGUUCUUUGGAUGUCGCAAUGAAAAAGCCGAUUAUUUCUUCCGUGAUGAAUGGCAGGAUAUCAAAGACCAAGGCCUCACUGUUUUCCCUGGAUUCUCACGCGACCAGGACAAAUCGAGGACAUAUGUUCAAGAUUUGAUUCGCCAACAAUCGAGCCUUGUCUACCGAGUACUCGAGCGAGAUAGAGGCAAGGUAUAUGUUUGUGGCUCCUCUGGCAACAUGCCCAAGGGGGUUCGUGAGGCCCUGUCAGAUGUGCUCAGAGAGCAUGGCCAGAUGCAGCCUGAACAAGCAAACGAAUAUCUCGAUCAGAUGGAAAAGGAUGGUCGCUAUAAACAAGAGACAUGGUAG